CGACGCGCUUCACUAAAACCCAACCCGCGCUGCGCACGCUCCACUUUUAUUUCUUUUAUAUUUAUUACUCCCGUCGUUAGUUAAGCGAGUUUUUCAAACUUUUUUCCCCUCUUCAUAUCAAACAUCCCUUCUUAUUCUUAUUUACUCGGCGACGUCCUUGCCCGUGGCCGUCCUAAAUCAUCUUCUUUGUUGUUUCUUUACACACACUUUUUGUUGGGUUGUCGGUGGCGUGUGCGUGCGUGCGUGUGCGUGCGUGCCUUUCGGGACAUCUCUAACACUGCUUUCACACAUCGCCCCAAUUAACUAAUCGCCUUCCACGUAUUAUACAUUAUUCGUAGCAGCAGCAAGCAAGCAGCAAGCAAGGCAAGGCUCGAGCCGAGGGGAGUAAUCGUUCACAUGCACGGACCAUGUGAGAGCCUCAGCAGCAGAUGGUGCCCAGAGCGGAGAGUCGUAAACCAUGAGCGAGGAUUGCAGCGCAGACGAUGAAAACUACAUCGUUCGCGUGCGCGCUGUCGUGAUGACGAGGGACGACUCGACGGGCGGCUGGGUGCCCCUGGCUGGCGGAGGCAUCAGCCGAGUGGGCAUCUACAAAGUGCUUCACCAUGAAGAGACCGGGCGCAAUGAGUUCCUCAUCCUGGGAGAACGUCUCAAGGAUAAACUGGUCGUGCUGGAAUGUGUCCUGAAGAAGGAUGUGGUGUACAACAAGGUAACGCCAAUCUUCCACCACUGGAAGAUUGACGAGCAGAAGUUUGGCCUGACCUUCCAGAGCCCGGCGGAUGCUCGCGCUUUUGACCGCGGAGUGCGCAAGGCCAUUGAGGACCUCAGCGAAGCAGGGUCCACAACGUCAUCUUCCACGUUGCAAAAUGAAUCUGAAGUUGGGGAUGACGAUGUCUUCACCACGGCGACCGACAGCUCAUCGGCAUCCAGUCGCAGGGAGCCACCACCGCCGAGGCCCGUCGAGCCGUGCCGGGGCCGCUGUCUGGUGCGGCCCGCGCACGAGGACUACCGCCACAUGGUGCAGCUGCCUUCGGAGCGCGUUGUGCAGAAGGUAGUCAGCUUUGACGAGAGUGACCUCAUCGAGAGGAUCAAUCCCCUGGAGGAGCGCUGGUUGCGAAGCGGCUACGAGGACUACCGCCACACCGCCGUGUGCCGCCGCGAACUCGACGCCGACGCCGGCGCCGGCUCCUACGUCACCUUUGACAAGUCGCCCUCUGCCGCCGAUCACCACCACCACCACAAGAAGCACGAGUACACGUACCCCUACGUCGACGCUUACCGCCUCGAGAACAAGCUCCGGGUGGUGCGCAACCAGCCACGGCGGGGCCACCGCUGGGACCCGGGGGAGCCGAGCGGCGAGCGCGCUCGCUGCAUCUACUGCGGCGAGCUCUUCGACCCGUCGCGGCCGGGACGGGCGCGCCGUUGCGCCGACGCACCCGACCGCGCCCGCGUUUGCGUGGAGCGUGCCAGCUGCCUGUGGCUGGCCGAGACGGUGCUCUACCACUGCAUGUCGGACCCAGAGGGGGACUUCUCGGACCCGUGCUCGUGCGACGGAGAUGGCGAUGGGCGUGUCUGCCAGCGCUGGUUUGUGCUGGCCGGCCUGUCCCUGCUCGCGCCCUGUAUGUGCUGCUACCUGCCGCUGAGGGGCUGCUACAAUUGCGGGGUGGCAUGUGGUUGCUGUGGAGGCAAGCACAGGGCAGUGAUUUAAUAGAGCGGCUCGGGGAGAGAGAGACAAACUUUUUUUUUUUUGCGGAAUGUCCGGCUCCACCUUCUGCAAAGCCCUUGGGGGAAUUAAAUCGGGAUGAAUAAAGAAAAACUACCCGUGUGGAUUGAAACUACGGACUAGGCCUCUCGACCCCAACUUUAACUGGACCUGUAUGUGUGAACAAACGUCGCCUUAGUCAUUAUUGCGAAGCGCCACGUCACAUGGCAGAAGAUGAAAGGGACAUUUGAUUGGGUUUACAAAUCAUUAAUGUUGACUUGUCGCUGAUUAAAAAAAAAACUCAACCAGUUUAUCCCAAUUAGCGGGUGCAACAUAGUAACAUCAGACACUUGUAUGAACCGAGUUUGAUUUGAAUCGUUAUGAUGAAGAAAGCAAAAUCUUGUGGCCUUUUUAAUGUUGAUGUGUGCUUGAAAUUGUGAGAUAAUCAACCCUGGUAGUACUAUAAUAUUGGAACAGUGUACUGCACUUUACGUCUUUAAUGGUAAUGUUGAACACGUCAACCGGUUGUUCUUGACCUGAAAAAUGAAACAGUAUUAAAAUUACAAUUGUCCUUAUAAAAACCAUGGAAAAUGUAAGUACAUUUUUAUUUCUAUCAUUGUCAAAGCUGGGCAUCUUUAAACUAAAUGACGUAACUUUUCAUUAAGGUUGUAUCUUGAUAGUGAAAAUGUAAUUGUUGAUGCUUGAUGACUUUGCAAUAUCUUGAUGUUGAGAAAAACAACUAAAGAUGCCAUUUAAAGGCAAGUUGCACAUCAAGUAUUACGUGCGUGUUGCUCAGAACAUCAAUCAUGAAUAAUAAUAAUAUUGGGACUAAUAUGUAAUUAAAAUUUAUUGAGUUUUUAUAACCUUAAAGAAAGUUACAGGAACUGAUUUUCUGUUUCUCUCUCUGUUCACCUUUCAUUGCGGGGAAGAGAAAAAACCCAACACUAAUCAGCUUUUUGAGCGUCAAGCACCAUACAUGCCAUGACGCGUCAUCCACCGAUGAAUGUUGCGGAAGGCGGCACACAACUCUGGUUUCAACAUUUGGCUUUUUUGAGGUGCGCAGACGUGUGAACCUGGCGAUGCACGUUUUGAGGCUUGUGCGCAUGCCACAGCAGUCCACGGUCGAGCAGCCGUGGGUGGUGUGGUGGCAUAGAAUGAGGCCAGUGGUGCCGCGCUUCAAGUGGUGCUUUGUUCAAAGUCCGUCCCAGAAACAAAAAUAUGGCUUGUUUACAAAAGUGCGUACAGCUAGGGUUUCCACUUUUGUUAUUUAAACACUCAAAGCUUGACUUGAACGCCACCAACAAAAACAAUAUCACUUAAUGUGUUUCUAAAAAAAAUUCCUUUUUUACAUAGUUGCUAUAAAAACAUGAGCAGAAAAAAAGUCCAAUAGUUUCCAUAGAAAUUAGAGGUAUUAAUAAAAUGUAUGAUAUUUUUAGCUGCGCUGGCAUAUGUAACUUGUACAACACUUUAACUUCGAUGAAGUGCCAUUCCCUGCAUUCUGAGGUUCAUGUUUUAUUUUAUAUAAUUAUUGGCAAAAUAAAUUACAAUUGCCAUUAGUCGUAAGUAUUGUUAACUCAUAACCUCCUUGUACACCAAGCACAGCUGUCUGUUGCGGUUUAUUCCACUUGAUAUGUGUACGCAUGAAACUGAAUGCCUUUGUUCAUCUGUGCUGUGUGAGUUAAUGAAUAUGAUUUUGCAUGUAAUGAAGCUGUACAUUCUUUUUUCAGGGACUGUAAAUAUGAUUAUUACUUUGGUUUUAUUUUUCUAUACACAAACUGUCUUAUAAAUCUAGUAGCAGCUGGACUACAUUUAAGUCUUUUGUUGUUAAUGAAUAUGCUUUUGUUAAUCCUGCAAACACUUAAUAUCAUUUUUAUUGCUGUACAUUAUAAUAGUGUUUCAUAUUCCACAUUGUUUUGUUACAUAUGGAAACUGGUAUGUAUAUUAAAGACUUAGGUUAAGGUCUGAAAACAUUUAUAAUGCCACAUGUUUUGCUUUGUUGAUUAUAUAUUUACGUGUAUGCUUUUGUAGUUGUACAUUGGAAUAUUAAUAAGUAAUUAAUAUUAUUCUAUUAUUCCCAGUGAUCCUACGGGUUUUUUGAAAAUGGAUAUUCCAAUCGGUGGCAUCAAAGGCCUUGUACACACGUUUGUUUAUAUUUAACCAUUAUUAUUUUUUACCAACUUGUAUGCAACACGUUUCUUUUAAAAGGGUUUACUGAAAACUUCAUGUCCAUACUGUGGGUAACUUUAUUCGUGACAUUUUAUUAAAUUGACAAUCUACGAGCGUCGGCUAUGGUUAACAUGUGUUGAUGCCAACUACCCAAAGUGAGACAAAACCAUCAUUUUAAAAAAUAAAACUGAACUACUAUAAGGCAGAUGUUUUCAGUAGCGGCUCGACGUGUGUGCACAGGUGGAUGGAGCGGCCUUAAUAUGCUUAGAAAAUGUUUAAAAGCAUUUACGUGUGUACGAUGCCAGAUUAAUCCUGAAUGGCUUCUGGUUAUAAGCAAUGCCAUAUUCGGGUUGUUUUAUUUAAAUCCAUUCCAUCAUACAAAAAUCAAGUAAUGCAAGUAAAAUGCUUUGGUUAUUAUAACCACUUAUUUAACUACCUUAUUUGUUUAUGUAUAUGGUUUAUUUCACAGUGGUACAAUUUGCAUUUCAUUGCAUUGGGUGCAGGCUCAAACUAUUGUAACUGCUUGAAUUCACUCCAAUUUGGCAGCUUGUGAAACACUCGGUGGGUGGUGCAUCCCUACACGUGUGCAUGUCCGCUCAGGCGUUCUCUCUCCAUUCAACUGCUUGACUUUUGGCGAUGUGGCUUAACCGUGCCCCGCAAGAACCGAGUAGCAGGCGCUCACCAAUGAGUUUCAAGACACUUUUGUGCUUUGCUAUAUUCUGCAGACAACAGUUUUGCGUGCAGGUGCGGUCAAAAUGAGGAACUUCAUCGGGUUACUAAUUGAGUAAAAUGCAUGCUUUUCUGUUAUUUACUUGCAGCUAAAAUCUCUUUCAAACUGACCAAUACCAUACUUGAAUACGAGCCGAGUCACCUUUUUGGAAUUGGACAGAGGCAUUGCGGUCUUAUCUUCCAAGUUUCCUCGGUUUAAUGGCUAUGGUUCGAGCAGGAUGUUAAUAACCAACCUUGCAUAUUGAAGCUUUGGCAAAGUUCACAGUCUGGCCACCAGCUUUGGGAUGUUAUUACCAGUCGGCAGGUCAAUGCAUGGGCGGGUGAUACCAUUAUUAAAGGUUGAAUAAAUAAAACGGAAUAGUACACUAACUUUUUAAACGUUUUGACACGUGUCAUUUUAUGCUUUCCCCAAAAGAGUUGCUAUGUCAAUUGGGUGGGCCUAGUUGUGAUUUUACCGAAAGUUAACGUGUGCUAGGCUGCCACGUUGGAGUGAAUGUUAGGAACAUAGCAUUUGGUUCUCAGUAUACCCCGACACCAUAUUGGUACGCAUUUUGUAGUGUUAUUGUUCUGCAUCAUUGCACACAUUAACAUAUAAUGCAAAGAAAACCCCACUAGUUUUGGCUUUUUAUUUCCUAUUAAGAUUCAUGAGAUAAAAAUCAUAAACGUGUUGAACUUUACUCUUUGCAAUAUUGGUAGUUGAGAUUACAUUUGUAUAAAUAAAUUAAAACCGACAUGAAUUGAUGUAAAUGCAUACAAAACAAAGCCUUACAUUUUCGGGUUAAUGUCUGUCGAUCAUCUGCUUUGAGAUGGUUAGGUGGCUUGUCAAUGAGACCUUGAUAACUUGUUAAUAUUCAAGAAAGCAUUUGGCUUUGUAUGCAGCUCUCGUAUCCAAAGUUGUUUUCACCAUUUUCCAAAUUUAACCCGUUCGGAAUGCCCAAAAUUAUCUUCAACUCGAAGCAUAUUUUUCGUUGUACUAAAAUAUAUUGCGGUAAGAGUACUGUACGCCAAAACAAAACAUUUCAUUCAGAGGAAUUCAAUGUUUGUGGAUAUUUUCUCUGGCACUUUGUUUAACUGGUCUGAUCUAAUGUGAUGUCGGAAACAUUUUAAAGAGGCAAAGCGGUUGAAUAUUGUUUUUGUGGAAAUUAAAAUUAUUUUACUUUCGUAAAAUGAACAACAGUGGCCUCUAACAUUUUUUAAUUAAAAUUGUUCUUGCUCUAGUUUCUUCCAGCCAUUACUACUUUAUUUAGGGAUCGGAUUUAUUGGCUUUAACUGAGGAUUUCUCUUUGCCAAAAUGUAGUGUUUCUAAGUCCACUUGUUAUUUGGUUCGGUCUAAAGCGAGGUGACCACUGUCAGUGUCAGACAUCGUUUAUGCCAUUACCAUGAUUUUGUAAAACAAACUAUUUUACGUGUAAUAAAAGCAACGACAAAAAAUUCCUUUAGAGCAUGGAAAUGUUAAUGUCUGUAAACAAUUGUUGAAUUUGGCCAAUCGCACUUGGUGAGUUAAAGGGAAAAAAAUCCGAACACUUUGCAAAAUGAAAAAUGUUCCUGAAUAAUGGUACACUAUAAAGUUUUUGACACCGCUGCAUAUUAAGCACAGGAGAGUUCAUUCUAUAUGAAUCCGUACAUUUUUGUCGAUAUGAAGGUACACUUGUCCUGUUUAUUUGCAUUUGUAACAUUAUUUCCGAGUCAUGUAAUUGGCUAUAUUUUAAGAAAAUAUAUUUACUUGAACACAGUUUUGAUUUAAUGUUAAGGUUUUUCGUUGUAAACUCAAGUAUACUUUUUAUGUUUGGUCGUGCUUGUUCCACUAUUCCUAAAUGACAUUCUGAUUUACCUUUGCAUUUCUUGUAGCUAUGGUAUAUGACUUUAAUUUUAAAAGUACCGUAUAGUAAAGCACUUUUAUCUGUAGCAUUAAGUUAAUUAUUUUCUAUGCUACACUAUAUUAAGCUCACAGAACAUGCUCUGCAGAAAUGAAAGGUGCUGAUAUGUAAAUGCAUUUGCUUGCCAUAUAGGCAGCAUUUCAUUGAAAGAAAGAAUAUUCUUGCAGGUCACAGGUUGAGUCAUUGUGAAUUGUGUACAUUUUCGUCCAGAAAUACGUGUUACUGUCUAGUAUAAUGCCUUGCUGUCAGUGCCAUUGCUAAAAUAAAUGAAUAAUUAGUAUUUGAGUUGCCUAAUACUACAUAUUACAACUCGGUCAUCAACAGCCAUGGUCAAGCCACUGCUGGAUGAAGGCCCUCCCAAGUCAUUGCCGUCUUUUAUGUUCUUGUGAUGCUAUUAUCUCGCUUUUGCACGAGCGCUAAUCUCAUCGCUUCAUCUCUGUUGCUCAUCUUCCUGGGUGUCCUCUCUUUUGGCUGUCAUUCCACCACCAGUCUCCUCUUAGCCAUCAUUCCUUCUAACGAUGUGUGCUACCCAAGAUCACUUUUUUUACCAGUCGGUGUCUUAAUUUACAUUUGUUCUGUGAUUAAAUGUUUUCCUCAUUCUGUGUUUUUUUUUUAAAUUCCCAGCAUGCAUCUCUCCAUGCAUUUUUGUAUACAUAUUUUAGUUUCAUCUACUUUGUCAGUUUCCAAUUUUCCAAUCUGUGUCAUAUCGGGCAAUAUCAACCGAUUGAAAAUGCUCCUUUUUAGGCACAUUGCUGUAUUGAUUUUCAUUAUUAAAUUCAAUUU